AUGUACUAAAGAAAAUUCCAGUUAUCAACAACCAAACAUUCUACUUAGAAUCUCAACUUUGCUACCCAUGAUGACGAUGUGACUUUGUUUUUUGAGAGGAGACUCAAAGGCUCUGCUUAGCCAGCAAGGCAUAACUCUCAUAAAAUUGUUCGAGAUCUCUCUUAGGACCAAAGCAUCAAUAAGCAGGUUCUUAAUAAGUCUUCAAAUCACUAAGAGGGCCAAUUUCAGAGGAAUGAGGGCUCUCAAAAGAGAGUAAUGAAACUUCCCCCAAAAAUUAUUGUAGAUUAGGUCUUCAUGGAGAAAAAGAGGUUCAGCGAUCUUUCACGACUGAGCAAUUCACACAAUUAGCAGUGCAAUAUUAGUUGUCAAGAGACUUAAUCAAGCAAUCCUGAAUUUAAGAUUCGUCGAUCAAGAAAAAGUAGAAUUGACCCUGAUAGACUACUACUAAACAUAAAUAGUAGGAUCAAGCUCAAAGUUCUUAGUACAGGAUCUUCUGCUAAAAAAGACCUCGAAGAUGUCACAUUUCUAGCAAUUAUGGAUUCUAAUAGCUUUAAUAAAAAAUCUAGUAAAGGGUCACUCUCGUCCAAAAAUUAAUUAAAAAUUGAAGAUGAAAACAAUAAAAAAAGGAGUAGAAGCUCCUGUGCCUAAAUGGAUGACAAUAACUAUCUACCGUUUCACUAAAUAGUAGACUUGAACAGAGCAAGGAUGAUUGACUGGAUGAUUGUUGUUUUCAGGGUACUUAAGAAGAGUAGUCAUAAAACCUUCUUUCUUGCAAUAUAGUUAAUGGAUAAAUACUUUAUAGUAAAAAAGUUGAGGGGCAUUAAAGUGAGUAAACAGGACUUGCAUAUUGUAGGCCUUGUUUGUAUUUUUAUCGCUUCAAAAUUUGAGGACGUGAUUCCUAUAUAUCUGCACUAAAUACUUAUUGAAGCAGCUCAUAGUAAAUUUACUUAAGAACAAAUUCUAUCCAUGGAGUUAGAUAUUUUGACUACAUUAGACUUUAAGAUUCAUCAAGACACAGUCUUUGAGAAAGUUACUGAGACUUUUAAAAAUUUAUAAAUGCUGAUAGGGCAAGGACACCUUUCAAAAAGCGAAUAGGAACACUUCAUUGAAUACAUAGCUUUCUUAUGCCAAUUGAUUACUUAUUCUACGAAUUUUCUUCAGUAUGAUAGUGAGUAACUUGCUAUGGCCAUAUUAUGGCAGACAUUCAAAAUUUAAAAGAGAAAUAGAUUCAACAAUUACCUUAAUGAUUUACAUUAAAACUAAAAUGUUGAUAACUCAGAAUGGAAGAAUUAAGCCUAAAUUAAUUCAAUGUUCAUUCAAAUGAAAUAGACCUAUAUGUCUUCAGAUGAAAAGAAGAUUAGAAUGAUAAGAUUUAAAAUUAUUGAUCUUGUUCAAAAUUUUGAAGUACAAUUUCCAGGUCUUAAAAGCAUUCAUAAAAAUUUCCCUAAAUUUCUGAACUACCAACCAAAUAGGAAGCUCUAAAUUAAACAUAAGAGCAACCUAGAUUGA